AUGUCACUCGAAAAUACCUGGCAUCUCCGUCGUGUGGCCGACAACGCUUCCAAGGCCUGCUGGAUCUGCUACAAACCAUCGACGAGUGUUCUAAUCACGCCUAACAACAAGGACUUCUUCUACAUCUGCGUCGGUCACCUAUCUGACCGAGGGUUUUGUCAGCCUGAUGCAGACGAAGCUACAGCUAUUGCUGCACAGAAGAAGAAAGACGAGCUAGACCGUGAGAUUGAAACAGUCAAGAAAGAAUAUGAGGAGAAACAGAAAUUAAAGCGUGAGAAACGUAAAGGAAAAGAUAAGGACAAAGAAAAGGACGUGAAGGGCAAGGAAGAGGACGAGGACAAGCAAGAUGAGAAAGCCAAGGACGACAGGAUCAAAGAGCUUUCAAAGUCGAAGGAGCUAUCUCAGAAUGAGCUUGCCCCGCGUAUAUAUCAUCUCAGCAAGAACUUCUACCAGAUGCGUUUGGAUAAGUUGCGUAACGCCGAAAUCGCUAAACGGAACCGCGAAAGGCUGAACAACCCCGCGAACUUUCCCUCUGUUCCUAGCAGCAAUCCCUAA